AUGGAGGAGACGCAUGCCGGAUCAAGCCUAGAAGGUCUGUUGCUUGAUAUUUUAGGACAAGCGGAGCGCAUCAAUCGUCUUUAUACCCAACUCACCCUCUGUUUCCCGGUCGGAAACGAAUCACCGGGCUUGAGGGCGGAGGUCAUCGAGAACCUGGAAAGGGGGCUCGCACGACUGUGUAGGACGUUCCCUUGGCUAGCAGGCAAGGUGGUCCAAGAUGGAGGGGAGUUCAAGAUCACAUCCACAGCAUCCGCCCCACACCUGGUGGUCAAGGAGCUGCAAGGCCAUGGCCCAGUGCCGAGUUGGGAUGAGCUAAAUCGAGCAAACUUUCCGUUCCGCAUGCUCGACGAAGAUGCCAUUUCCCCGUGCAGAACCAUGGUCGAGCCCGGAGCGGAGCGACCUGUAUUGAUAAUCCAGGCCAAUUUCGUGCAGGGUGGUCUAUUGCUCACCUUUAACGCCCAGCAUGGGGGAAUGGAUAUGACAGGCCAGGGACAGGUUAUUGCUCUCUUCGCAAAGGCUUGCCGUGGCGAAGACUUCACAGAGGACGAGUUAGAAGUUGGGAACAUGAAAAGGACGCGCUGGAUACCAAUAUCCGACGACGACGCGCCGGAUCAUCCCGAGGCGUCGAGACCAGGAGGGGAACAAAACGUCCGACCUCUGGCAUCAGAUUCGAAUUCACGCGGGGGAUUUUCAGGACCACAACAGCCGCGUUCUGGCAGUCUUGUGUGGGCAUAUCUCGAAUUCCCCGCUGCUUCACUAGCCAACCUCAAGCAGCUCGGCAGCGAGACACUCAACACGUCAGACGCUACUUUUGUCUCAACAGACGAUGUACUCACCGCACUCACCUGGCAAUUGAUGACUCGCGCGCGUCAGCCGGGGCUGAACAGCCAACAGUCAACUAAGACGACACUCACGCGAAAUGUCGAUAUUCGCAGCCACUUUGGUCUGCCAUCCACAUAUCCAGGUUUAAUGACCACGUCGACAAUCCAUGAGCAUACUGUUGAUGACGUCGAACAUAAACCCCUUGGCGCUGUUGCCUCCAGCCUUCGUGCAGCAUUGAGACCUGCCUUACUUAGAGAGAGUGCAAAGGCUCAGGCCUCCAUCAUUGCAAGGUGCAAGGAGUCAGCGGCGCAAAUGAGCGUUGCGGCUCGAAGCAACCGGCGCUUAGAUGUCAAGGUUAGCUCAUGGGCGAGGGAGAAAUUGUACGACUUAGACUUUGGGCCCUGCCUUGGACGGCCGAAGGCGGUUAGGAGGCCGAAGUUUGGGGAUGGUGCCAGGGAGGGACUAGUCUAUUUCCUCCCGAGAGAAAGGGAUGGGAGCAUCGUGGUUGGGGUUUGUUUGAGAGAAGAGGACAUGGACCGACUGAGGGAGGAUGAAGAAGCAAGGCGAUGGGCGUCAUGGAUCGGGUAA